GCUCCUUCCCCUCUGCCAUCAGGGAGGAGGUACAGGAGCCUGAAGACACACACUCAGUGAUUCAGGAACAGCUUCUUCCCCUCUGCCAUCAGGGAGGAGGUACAGGAGCCUGAAGACACACACUCAAUGAUUCAGGAACAGCUUCUUCCCCUCUGCCAUCAGGGAGGAGGUACAGGAGCCUGAAGACACACACUCAACGAUUCAGGAACAGCUUCUUCCCCUCCACCAUCAAAUUUCUGAAUGGACAAUGAACCCGUGAAAUCUACCUCAGUAAUUUUUUUUGUUUGUUUUUUUUUCUCUAUUUAUUUAAUACAUAUAUAUUCUUAUUGUAAUUUUCAGUUUUUUAAUUAUGUAUUGCAAUGCACUGCUGAUGCAAAGGAACAAUUCCACAACAAAUGCCGGUGAUAUUAAACCUGUUUCUGAUUUAUUAGAUUUCUGAAAUAUGUAAUGUUCUCUUUUUGCAUUACAUAUUUAUUUUUUGUGGUGGCGAGGUGGAGACACAUCUCUACCAAAGGAGGUGUAAGGUGCUCCUUCCCUCCGCUAGCCUGCAGUCACCCUUGGGCAAGGUGUAGCACCUGCUUAGCCCCCGAUCAGGGUCACGUGAAUCCAUGGGGGCAGGUGGUGGAUGGUCGUAUGAGCAGCUGGUGUACAUCACAAGUCCUGGUUAUGCGAGCACUGACGCCAGGCAGACAAUCUCUGAAGAGAAUCGAUAAUGGCUGGGGUCACCCAUCUUGUAAAGACACUGUCCGGAAGGGAGCAAUGGCAGACCACUUCCUUGCCAAGAACAAUCUUGGUCAUAAACCAUGAUCACCCACAUCAUAUGACACGGCAGAUAUCCAUGAUAAAUUUUUUAAAAACAUAAUUCUUAUUGUAACCUACUGUAAUUUUUUUUAAGUCUUGCAGCGUAUUUCUGUCAUGAAACCACAAAUUUCAUGACAUAUACCAGUGAUAAUAAACCUGAUUCUGAUUCUCUGAAGCAUUUCGACAUCACCAGCUAAACUUUCAGCUCGGUUUGAAGUGGAAGUGAAGGCAGGAGUUGAUGGAACCAAAGCCAUAUUUGGGCUGAACAUCAACACAAGUCAACACUCCCUGCCUGGGGGAGUUCAAUCUUUGCUCAAUGCCCACAACUUUCGACCAUAAAAGGAUGAAUAACUCAUCUAGAUUCAGAGCCAAAGCUGAGGGAGAGAACGUGGCCAGCUCACUUUUGUACAAACAGUUACUCGACCAAGUUCCAUUCCCACAUGAGAAUCAGGCUUGAAACCACUGGCAUGUGCUGAAAAAUGUGUUGUUUUGCAGCAGCAAAAUAUUACAACACAAAAAAUAGUCUAAAAGAACUAUAAAUUACAACAAGAAAUUUUAAGUUAACUAAGUAGAGGGCACGGCCCAGUCCGUCAUGGGUAAAGCCCUCCCCUCCAUUGAGCACAUCUACACAGAGGGCUGUUGCAGGAAAGGAGCAUCCAUCAUCAGGGACCCCCACCACCCAGGCCGAGCUCUCUUCUCACUGCUGUCAUCAGGGACCCCCACCACCCAGGCCAUGCUCUCUUCUCACUGCUGUCAUCAGGGACCCCCACCACCCAGGCCGAGCUCCCUUCUCACUGCUGUCAUCAGGGACCCGCACCACCCAGGCCGAGCUCUCUUCUCACUGCUGAGAUCAGGACCCCACCACCAGGCCGAGCUCCCUUCUCACUGCUGUCAUCAGGGACCACACCACCCAGGCCGAGCUCUCUCCUCGCUGCUGUCAUCAGGAUCCCCACCACCCAGGCCGAGCUCUCUUCUCACUGCUGAGAUCAGGACCCCACCACCAGGCCGAGCUCUCUUCUCACUGCUGUCAUCAGGGACCACACCACCCAGGCCGAGCUCUCUCCUCGCUGCUGUCAUCAGGAUCCCCACCACCCAGGCCGAGCUCUCUUCUCACUGCUGUCAUCAGGGACCCCACCACCGAGGCCGAGCUCCCUUCUCACUGCUGUAAUCAGAGACCCCCACCACCCAGGCCGAGCUCUCUUCUCACUGCUGUAAUCAGGGACACCCACCACCCAGGCCGAGCUCUCUUCUCACUGCUGUAAUCAGGGACACCCACCACCCAGGCCGAGCUCUCUUCUCACUGCUGUCAUCAGGGACCCCACCACCCAGGCCGAGCUCUCUUCUCACUGCUGUCAUCAGGGACACCCAACACCCAGGCCGAGCUCUCUUCUCACUGCUGUAAUCAGGGACCCCCACCACCCAGGCCGAGCUCUCUUCUCACUGCUGUAAUCAGAGACCCCCACCACCCAGGCCGAGCUCUCUUCUCACUGCUGAGAUCAGGACCCCACCACCCAGGCCGAGCUCUCUUCUCACUGCUGUAAUCAGGGACCCCCACCACCCAGGCCGAGCUCUCUUCUCACUGCUGUAAUCAGAGACCCCCACCACCCAGGCCAUGCUCUCUUCUCACUGCUGUCAUCAGGGACCCCACCACCCAGGCCAUGCUCUCUUCUCACUGCUGUCAUCAGGGACCCCCACCACCCAGGCCAUGCUCUCUUCUCACUGCUGUCAUCAGGGACCCCCACCACCCAGGCCGAGCUCUCUUCUCACUGCUGUCAUCAGGGACCCCACCACCCAGGCCGAGCUCUCUUCCCACUGCUGUAAUCAGGGACCCCCACCACCCAGGCCGAGCUCUCUUCUCAGUGCUGUCAUCAGGGACCCCCACCACCCAGGCCGAGCUCUCUUCUCACUGCUGUCAUCAGGGACCCCACCACCCAGGCUGAGCUCUCUUCCCACUGCUGUCAUCAGGGACCCCCACCACCCAGGCCGAGCUCUCUUCUCACUGCUGUCAUCAGGGACCCCCACCACCCAGGCCAUGCUCUCUUCUCACUGCUGUCAUCAGGGACCCCCACCACCCAGGCCGAGCUCCCUUCUCACUGCUGUCAUCAGGGACCCCCACCACCCAGGCCGAGCUCUCUUCUCACUGCUGAGAUCAGGACCCCACCACCAGGCCGAGCUCUCUUCUCACUGCUGUCAUCAGGGACCCCCACCACCCAGGUCAUGCUCCCUUCUCACUGCUGUAAUCAGAGACCCCCACCACCCAGGCCAUGCUCUCUUCUCACUGCUGUCAUCAGGGACCCCCACCACCCAGGCCGAGCUCUCUUCUCACUGCUGUAAUCAGGGACACCCACCACCCAGGCCGAGCUCUCUUCUCACUGCUGUAAUCAGGGACACCCACCACCCAGGCCGAGCUCUCUUCUCACUGCUGUCAUCAGGGACCCCACCACCCAGGCCGAGCUCUCUUCUCACUGCUGUCAUCAGGGACACCCAACACCCAGGCCGAGCUCUCUUCUCACUGCUGUAAUCAGGGACACCCACCACCCAGGCCGAGCUCUCUUCUCACUGCUGUAAUCAGGGACACCCACCACCCAGGCCGAGCUCUCUUCUCACUGCUGUCAUCAGGGACCCCACCACCCAGGCCGAGCUCUCUUCUCACUGCUGUCAUCAGGGACACCCAACACCCAGGCCGAGCUCUCUUCUCACUGCUGUAAUCAGGGACCCCCACCACCCAGGCCGAGCUCUCUUCUCACUGCUGUCAUCAGGGACACCCAACACCCAGGCCGAGCUCUCUUCUCACUGCUGUAAUCAGAGACCCCCACCACCCAGGCCGAGCUCUCUUCUCACUGCUGAGAUCAGGACCCCACCACCCAGGCCGAGCUCUCUUCUCACUGCUGUAAUCAGGGACCCCCACCACCCAGGUUGAGCUCUCUUCUCACUGCUGUCAUCAGGGACCCCACCACCCAGGCCGAGCUCUCUUCUCACUGCUGUCAUCAGGGACCCCCACCACACAGGUCAUGCUCUCUUCUCACUGCUGUCAUCAGGGACCCCACCACCCAGGCAGAGCUCUCUUCUCACUGCUGUAAUCAGGGACCCCCACCACCCAGGCCGAGCUCUCUUCUCACUGCUGUAAUCAGAGACCCCCACCACCCAGGCCGAGCUCUCUUCUCACUGCUGAGAUCAGGACCCCACCACCCAGGCCGAGCUCUCUUCUCACUGCUGUAAUCAGGGACCCCCACCACCCAGGUUGAGCUCUCUUCUCACUGCUGUCAUCAGGGAACCCACCACCCAGGCCGAGCUCUCUCCUCGCUGCUGUCAUCAGGAUCCCCACCACCCAGGCCGAGCUCUCUUCUCACUGCUGUCAUCAGGGACCCCACCACCCAGGCUGAGCUCUCUUCUCACUGCUGAGAUCAGGACCCCACCACCCAGGCCGAGCUCUCUUCUCACUGCUGAGAUCAGGACCCCACCACCCAGGCCGAGCUCUCUUCUCACUGCUGUAAUCAGGGACCCCCACCACCCAGGCCGAGCUCUCUUCUCACUGCUGUAAUCAGGGAUCCCCACCACCCAGGCCGAGCUCUCUUCUCACUGCUGUCAUCAGGGACCCCCACCACCCAGGCCGAGCUCUCUUCUCAAUGCUGUAAUCAGAGACCCCCACCACCCAGGCUGAGCUCUCUUCUCACUGCUGUAAUCAGAGACCCCCACCACCCAGGCUGAGCUCUCUUCUCACUGCUGUCAUCAGGGACCCCCACCACCCAGGCUGAGCUCUCUUCUCACUGCUGUAAUCAGAG